AUGUGUCAAGCCUUCCGAAGGUACUCCGCCAAAGCAAAUACUUUCGACAUAACUAUUGUUGGAGGUGGAAUUGUAGGUUUAGCAACUGCUCGUGAACUAAUACUUCGGUAUCCGAAACUCAAAUUUGCUCUUUUGGAAAAGGAAGCAGACUUGGGAAUGCAUCAGUCUGGUCAUAACAGUGGUGUAAUUCAUGGAGGUAUUUACUACACUCCCGGCUCUCUAAAAGCUAAGCUAUGCGUUGAAGGUUUGAAGAAGUCAUAUCAAUAUUUUGAAGCAAACAAAGUGCCUUAUAAGAAAUGUGGGAAAUUGAUUGUUGCGGUUAAUGAAAUCGAGCUUCCCCGUUUAGAUAAACUGUACAAUUUCGCUCAAAAAAAUAGUGUGCCUAAUGUUUCUCUCAUUUCGGGCGACAAGAUACAAGAAAUCGAGCCUAAUUGUGUUGGUUUGAAAGCCAUUCAUUCUCCUGAAACAGGAAUAGUUGAUUGGAGAGCAGUAACUUUAUCGUAUGCCAAGAAUUUCGUUGCAUCUGGUGGGACUAUUUAUAAGUCCUUCAAUGUAGGCGAAAUCUCAGAAAAAAAAGAGGACGUGGAUCACCCUAUUUUAAUCAAAAACCUUAAUAGUGGAUCCAAAGAUUCGAACCAUAUUUCGCAUGUCACAUGUAAGUAUGUGAUUACUUGCACAGGUUUACAGUCUGAUCGUGUUGCUAAGAUGUCCGGUUGUUCUCUAAAUCCAUCCAUAGUACCAUUCCGAGGUAAUUACCUAGUUUUAAAACCAGAGAAUUCUUCUUUAAUAAAUGGAAAUAUAUAUCCUGUACCUGAUCCUCGUUUCCCUUUCUUGGGUGUCCAUUUCACUCCACGUAUGGAUGGAUCGGUUUGGCUUGGGCCAAAUGCUGUUCUCUCUUUUGAUCGGGAAGGUUAUGGGCGUUUCAGUUUUAACUUGAAAGACUCCCUUGAUAUCUUAACUGAUUCCGGACUCCGAAAACUCGUACUCCGUUAUUUACGUGUUGGUUUGAGUGAGAUUAUUAGUGAUAUGUUUAUUAGUCGCCAGGUUAAACAGCUUCAAAUGUAUGUACCAACCUUAAAUGCUAAAGAUGUCUCCAGGGGCCCAUCGGGAAUAAGAGCCCAAGCAGUUAAUUCGGAUGGGACUUUGGUGGACGACUUUGUGGUUCAUUUUGGUGACGGUGCGAUUGGUAAAAGAGUUAUGCAUGUACGUAAUGCACCAUCACCAGCCGCUACAGCCUCCCUGGCUAUUGGUUGUGUUCUGGCUGAUAAAGCACAAGAGUGCUUUGAACUACCAUCUGGUGAAUCAAGGAGUUUUGUUUAA